AUGCUCGUGGCUGUGACUGUGACUGUGGCUGUGACUGUGAUGAUGAUGGUGGUGAUGAUAACCGCCAUAGCCUCCGCCAUAAUACCCAUUGUAGUUGCCGUAAUUACCAUAAGUAUUGCCGUAGUACGGCUGUCUCCAUCCCCAUUGAGGCGCGGCCGACGUCGCAACGGCAAGAAGAAGGACGACAAAGAGAAUUCUAAGAAGCUUGGAGGCCAUGUUGAAAAACAAAGUUGA